AUGUUAAAGACUUUAAAGCGAAUUGAUUUUUUGACGCGUACUACGAAUUUAUCUAAUGUUGCCAACCGAAGAUUUUUAUCAGCUCUGGCUCAAAAAGAAUAUUUGAAUAAACCCUUAAUAGAGACCGAUCCUGACAUUUUCGAUAUAAUAGAAAAAGAGAAAAAGCGUCAACGUGAAAGCAUCGUGCUUAUACCCUCGGAGAAUUUCACUUCGCGUGCUGUAAUGGAAGCCCUUGGAUCUGUCAUGCAAAAUAAAUAUUCGGAAGGGUAUCCUGGUGCAAGGUAUUACGGUGGUAAUGAAUUUAUUGAUCAAGCGGAAACCUUGUGCCAGAAACGUGCAUUGGAGGCUUUUAAUUUGGAAGGGUCUAAAUGGGGAGUGAAUGUUCAAGCUUUAUCUGGUGCACCUGCCAACCUCUACGUAUAUAGCGCACUCCUAAAACCACACGAACGCCUAAUGGGACUAGAUCUGCCCCACGGAGGACAUCUAUCCCACGGGUAUCAAACAGAUACAAAAAAAAUAUCCGCCAUCUCCGUCUAUUUUGAAACCCUACCAUACCGUCUGAACGAGCAAACAGGUAUAAUUGACUAUGACGCGUUGGAAGCCACCGCGACUUUAUACCGGCCUAAAAUCAUUAUUGCGGGCGCUAGUGUUUUACCAUCACCUUUUUAUUUUGCCGAUAUCGUCACAACUACAACACACAAAUCAUUAAGAGGACCACGCGGUGCUCUUAUAUUUUUCCGAAAAGGAGUUAGGAACGUUGAUAAAAAAGGCCAAGAAAUACACUAUAAACUCGAGACUCCCAUAAAUCAGUCAGUUUUUCCUGGGCAUCAAGGUGGACCUCACAAUCACACAAUAACCGCACUAGCAGUCGCACUGAAGCAAACUAAAACUUCAAUAUUUAAAGAAUAUCAAGAGCAAGUGCUCAAAAACAGUUUGGCUUUUGCAGACGCGUUUAUAAAGAAAGGGUACAAGUUGGUCUCGGGUGGUACUGAUACACAUUUACUUUUGUUGGAUUUGAAGCCAAUGAAAAUUGACGGUGCUCGUGUAGAACGUAUACUCGAACUAGCAAAUAUCGCCGCAAACAAAAAUACCGUUCCCGGAGACGUCAGUGCAAUGAUUCCAGGUGGCGUUCGUGUUGGCACUCCUGCAAUGACGACUCGUGGACUAGUUGAAUCUGAUUUUGAAAAAGUUACCGAGUUUAUUGAUCGUGCUGUUGAGAUAGCACUUGAUGUGAAUAAAAAAGUUACAGAUUUCAAAGAAUAUGUCGGAGAUAACGGUUCUUCGGAACCACGCAUUGAAGAACUUAAACAGGAUGUCAUUCGGUUUUCUAAGAGUUUUCCUACCAUAGGGUUUGAUGAAAGUGAACUGAAAUAUUUGUAG